AUGGCGGACGAAUCCGACGACGAUCUGUACGGGGAUGAGACCACGACACAGGAGAAGAAGCAGAUAGCGAAAGAAGAGGAAGCAUCCAGCGGUGACGAACCUAUGGACGAAGAAUCAGGCGACGAGGACGAUAGUGACUCUGAUAUCGACAUUAUCAUUGAAAAGGCACCUGCACCCGCCAAACCCACAGCUCCCCAACAAACGCAACAAGAAUCCAAAGCCAUAAAAAUCGAAGCACCACCCCCCUCCACCACCCCCUCUCAACAACAAGUCCCUACAAGAACCGUACCUACCAGCGGCGGUACCGUGCCCCAACUCUCCGCCACGGCCCUCUCAGGCACCGCAUUCCCUGCCCAACGCACCUCAACCAUCGACGUAAACGGCAACCCAAUCUACCCCCCACAGGGCAAAGAAAUCCUCUCCAUAGACAUCGAUGCGAAUCUAGCCGAGGAGCAGAAGAUCUGGCGUCGACCGGGUGAGGACCAGUCUGAUUACUUCAACUACGGCUUCGACGAGUUCACAUGGGAGCUAUACAGGCAACGACAGGUCAACAUGGCAAACACACUGCAAGGACAGAAGAACGACAUGGCACAGAUGCAAGCGAUGAUGGGUGGAGGACCAAUGCCAGGUAUGCCUGCCAUGGGCGGCGGACCUCAGGGAAACGCUGGACCGGGUGGUGCGCCGCCUACUGGACCUGGAGGAGGAGGAGGUGGCGGCGGUGGCAUGGGGGGCCCUGGUGGUAUGAACGAACAGCAGAUGCAGAUGAUGAUGCAGGAAAUGAUGGCACAGGGCAUGGAUCCCAGUCAAAUGGACUUUGCUUCUUUCAUGCAAAUGGCAGGUCAGGGCAUGGGCGGCUUCCCUGGUGGGCCUGGCGGACAGCAGGGCGGAGGGUUCCAGCAAGGGCACCAAGGAGGAGGUGGACGGGGUGGACGAGGAAGAGGAAGAGGAUGGUAG